UUUUUGUUUAUUUGUUUUCUUGUCACCUCUGUUCUGUUUGGGGAUGCAGAUGAAGAUUUUUCAGUGUCAGUGAGUGAAGAAGAUUCUGUCACUUUACACUCUGACGUUACUGAAAUACGUAAAGAUGAUGACAUACUGUGGAAAUUUGGAGCUGAAGCAUCCCUCAUCGCUGAAAUCGAUACAGUUUAUGGAAUCUUCUCCACAUUUGAUGUUCCUGAUGGGAGAUUCAGAGACAGACUGAAGCUGGACAAUCAAACUGGAUCUCUGACCAUCAUAAACAUCACAACUCAACAUGCAGGACGUUAUGAACUAGAGAUAAUGGGAGCAAAAUGGUCAUUAAAAACAUUCAGCGUUUCUGUCUAUGCUCGUCUCCCUGUUCCUAACAUUACCAGGGACUGUUCAUCAUCAUCAUCACAGCAGAAUUGUUCAUUGUUGUGUUCAGUGGUGAAUGUGGGUCAUGUGACUCUCUCCUGGUACAAAGGACACAGUUUAUUGUCCAGCAUCAGUGUGUCUGAUCUCAGCAUCAGUCUCUCUCUACCUCUGGAGGUGGAAUAUCAGGAUAAAAACACCUACAGCUGUGUGCUCAACAAUCCCAUCAGCAACCAGACCACACAUCUGGACAUUACUGAACUCUGUCACACAUGUUCAGGUCAGGGGCUACCUUUAUACAUAGUGCUGAUCACUGCUGCUGCUGGAUCUCUUUUAAUUGUAGCUGCAGUCGUGAUGUGCCGCAUCUGCAGGACAUGUAGAAAAACAGUUGAGACCCAGAAGGAAGACAGAACUGAUUCAGCAUUGUGUGAAUCAACAACACAAGAAACAAAAUCAAAGUUGGAUGUGUAGGAAAAUGUUUCCAAAAACAAGGAUCAGAUUUAGGAUCUACCUGAAUGGAUGUUAGGGAUUUACUGUCACUCCCUCAGCAGUUGUAUUACAAACACCCUCGCAGCAGUGUUUAUGGUUUAAUUUAAUGCCAAGGUAAUAUAAUUUAUUUUUUAAUUUUGCACAGAUUCACCAAGAUACCAAAAACCUGAGAUCUCUAAAUAAACACUGCAGUGGUUUUCAUCUCCAUUUUAUCUCUACAGAAAAGUGAUUUGAUCUGUUAGUUGGAUAAACAGCUUCAUCUGGAUGCAUUUGGCCGCUGUGUGUGUCAGUAGUUUGUGGGUGAAGCGUUUCUUAGUUUUUUCUCCUGAUGAUAAUAAUAACCUCACAAGCAUUCACUACACACAAGCACAUCUUUACAGUGAAAUAAACUGCAGUCAAAUAAUGUUAAGAGGUCAAACAGGAUUGACAGCUUACCACAGUAAACAACCCACGCAUAGAUACAGAUAUACACUCAUUUCACUCUCCCGCUAUUAGUUUUCAUUCACAGAGAAGAAUUCAGUUGAAAAUGUAAGAUCUGCAAAAGCUUGUUGAUUUGCAUGAGAUUAUGGAUGAGUGAGCGGAAACUGUGACUGAGAUCACAACCAUUAAUACCUGUUCAGCUGUGUUUCAGUGUUUUCAGCCAUUUGAAGUGUGACUAUUGUGUGAUUUCAGUGAACCGAAAGAGAAAAUGUUUCUCAAAUUAGUUUUGUUCUUGUUCUGGUUCGUGAGUUGUAAAGGUUUUCAUGGUUUUAGUUGCUUCUGUUCUGAUAAAUUACUGGUUAAAUUAGUCAGAGAAGAUUAACGUUCACUAUUCAUUACCAAAGAUCAAUAUUGGUUUAGUUUGUUAUAACAGGGUGAAUUUUAACACAGGAUUAUAACGUGCCUUUCACAAUUGCAUGGAAGCCAAUUUCCACCACAUAAGAAAAAACUAAAUCAUAAUUAUGAGAUUAAAAGUUUGAAAUGAGUAAAAUGUCGAAAUAAUGAAGGAAAAAAUGUCUGUAUUAUGACAUAGUAAAUAUGGACAAUAUGAAACAAAAGGUCAAACUUAUUUAAGUUAACACUUAUGCCACAUUUUGACCUUUUGUGUCAUAAGCCUGUCUUUGUUAAAAUCUCAACAAAAAAUUAUGACUUUUAUCAGAUAAUUUAGAUUUUUUUUUUUUUUUUUUACUUAAUAAUUAUAAUUUAGCAAAACAUGAUUUUUUUUUUUUUCUUUGUAUGUGGCGGAAACAGACUCAAAUACAACUGACAAGUAAAUUCUGCCGGCUAUAUAAGCAUUAGAUACUGCAAGAGUAUAGCUGAAAGAUUAAAAUGGUUCUAAAUAUGUCUGAUUUUAAAUUAAUGCUAAAAGCAAAGCUAAAAAUUGACAUCUUUGUAAUUUCUUUAAUUCUUUUGACAACCAGAAAACAGAGAAAGUUUCAUCAUUCCAGUGUACUUGGGGAUACACAAAGUAUCUUGCCUGUCUUGUUGUUAUUAAUGUUCAGUCAGUGCUGGU